AUGGACGCACAACAGUGGGAUGUCAUCUGUCUCACUGACCUUAAAUACCCUGACGAUGGCACACGAGAGUACCGAUACAACGGGCGGGAUUGGUACAUGGUUGUCCUCGGGCGGGUGGGCUUUCUCCUCUCGGAUGUAUGGUACACUUGGUGGGAACAGGGCGGGGCCAUAACAUACCAGCGAAACCUACGAGCGGCGGCUAUCGGCAUACCCAGACGGGGCUGGAGGAGAGGAGUCUGGCUUUGCGCAGCGUACGCGCCUACAAGCGCGGCAGGACGGCGGGUACGCGCGGCACUGCGACAGGAUGUAACCUAUCUAGUCGAGGCGGCCCCUCCCUCUAAUAUGAUCGUAGUCGCAGGGGACCUCAACGCGGAACUGUGGAACAAUCAGGACGCAGGGCAGGUGGGGAAUGCAGUGGUGGGUUCUUUUUCACAUGCACGUCUGACCACGGCAGGGGAGGAAUGGCGGGACUGGUGCGUCAGAUAUGACUUUCGGGAUGCGGGCAGCCGAUACCAGCAGAGACGUAGAUGUACAUGGUCACAUCCUCGUUUCCGCACAGAUCACGAGCUAGAUCACUUCCUUAUUCGUCACCGCGAUAUUUGGCACCUACAGUCUUGUCGCAUCCUUUAUGAUGGACCCAAUGUCGAUGUACCGUGGACCCCGUACACGGACCAUAACCCGGUAGAAUGCAUACUCAGGGUAGGAAAGUGGUGGGCCCCCAAAACCGCUCGGAACAGCUCAGCGCAGCGCCCGGAUCUCGAUGCUCUUCGCGGUUCAGGGCCUACGGCGGUAGAGCUGCGGGAAAAAUGGCAGGCUCUUGUAGAGCGCCGUCUCAGGGACCUUCGUUUGGAACUAGAGCAGGAGCCCAAUGCUACGCAGAAGUGGAAAACCGUCUGCCGCAUAUGCCGCAGCGCGGCUCUGGAGGUUUGUGGAAUCUUAGUAGAGUUUAAAGGAGCACCAUGGCUGCAACAACACGCGAGGGAGGCUUUAGAGUUGGACGCCGCCAUUCGGGAAGCUAAGCUUCGAGAUGAGGCGGCAAGAGCACAGGAAGACCCACAGGUAGCGGCCGACUUCCGGCGCAGACUUCAGGCGACCAGGCGGGAAAAGACACUCACAGUACGCAGAUGGAAGGAGGCCUGGUUGCGGGAUAGGGCUCAUGCUGCGGAUGCCUUGAUCGGCACGCCGGAUGCAUUCGGGGUUUUCAAGAUAGUCAAGCAAAUCCUAGGAGCUGUGAAGCCAGGCAAAAAGGAUGGAGGUCGGAAACGGGCGAGCACAAAUGCUGAAGUUGAUGCAUGGAAGGAACACUUCGCACGGAUUCAGGCGGGUAAGGGGGAGGUCCCGGAGAGGGUCUGGGAAGAUGUUGCGGGGCUAGAGGAGUGGACGGAACUGAAUGAUGAACCUACGUGGGAGGAGAUGCAAAGGGCCAUCAGGGAAAUGAAAACAGGCAAAGCCGGAGGCGAUGAUAGGAUGUUGGCGGAAUUUCUUAAAUGGUCGGGACUUGAACUUCAACGCCAAAUGUUUCGGUUUAUUACGGAUGCUUGGCAGUACGCCAGCACGGCGGAGGAUGGGCGUGAAUCUGAACAUUGGCCGAAAGCAUGGAAGGAAGGCACCGUGGUACCAUUUUGGAAGCGCAAAGGAAACUGGAAAGAUAAAAACACCUGGCGAGGGAUCACCCUUCUUUCGGUAGGCUCCAAGCUUCUGGCACGGAUAUGCGCACAAAGACUGUCACGUUGGUCACAAAACUGGAUGAACCCGCUGCAGUUUGGUUUUCGACCCGGGUCAGGGGUGGACGACGCCCAGCAGAUAACCAGAAGCAUCCUGGAAGAAACAGCACAGUCGGCGCACAGUAAGGUUUAUGUACUCCGUUUCUUCGAUCUGGAGAAGGCGUAUCCAAAAGUAUCGCGGCCGUCACUGUGGACAGCCUUGCAGAGGAAAGGUUGCCCACGAGGCUUCCUCAAAGUACUCAAAGGCAUCCAUGAAGACCCAUCGUGCAAAGUUCGUUUUCAGGGAAAGGUAUCGGGGCACUUUAUCCCGGAACGGGGCUUACGCGAAGGUUGUCCCUCGUCACCGAUACUCUUCAAUGUAUUUCAUCAUUGUGUUAUGGAAGUGUUCCGAGCGAGACGGGGCAGAAAGGCUCUGUCCAAUCAGCAUCAACCCGGUUUGGAUUGGGUAUUUAAGGUCGAUGGUAAAGUCGCCAAGCGUAAAACGGAUCGGGAGGAGGAAGGACGCAACAUCAAGCGAGUUUGCAUUGGGGACUUUGCCUAUGCAGAUGAUACCGGCAUCGUAGGCGAAGCGGAGGAGGCUCGAGCGGCGGAGACCAUUUUUACGCAAACUGUGGAGGAUUUCGCGGGCAAAGUUAACACAGAUAAAACGGAAGGUCUUCGAGUAGCGUCAACAGUUCGAGCACCCACGGAUGUGCCGUGGUUAGGGGAGGGCCCCACUGUGAAACAUCUAGGAACACUACUGGCAGAGCGAGCGGGCCACGCAGCAGAAACACACAGAUGUGCACAAAAAGCGGCCAGCCGGGUGGUGGAGAUCUCAGGCGCUUGGCUCCGGGGACGUACCAAACAGUAUAAGCGAAAGGAUUUAAGCACCUCCACGCGGAUCAGGGUCCUUAAGUCAGUGGUCAAAGGCACACUCAUGAGCUUUUCGCGCACCCGCUCCUGGCAGACCAACCAAAUCAGUCGCAUGCAGGACAUGGCCAUACGGCGCAGCUUGGGCUAUCGCCUGAAAGAACUUCGCCAAGCAGGGAUCACAAACGAGGUUAUGCGAAACCUGGUGCAGUGGGAAAAGUUCGACUCAGCCGUCCGAAGGGCUAGCCUUUUGUGGUUAGGACACGUAGCAAGAAUGCCGGCGGAAUCCCCGCAGAAGCAGAUCAUGUUUGGAUGGGUAGAAGGUCAUAAGGCUAAAAUGCGAUGCCCUUUCAAACAGGCGCAGGAGGAACAUGCUGUGUUCGUACCAGCCCCGAUCUUCGUUGCCGGCUGCAUCCAGGUUCACCUCGCUUCGAUCAUCUCUAAAGUCUAUAGUGUGUGA